AUGUCAGAGGGAAAUCACAGCAGUGUGACUGAAUUCAUCCUGACUGGAUUCCCUGGACUUCAUCCAGAGUACUACGGCCUCACCUCAGCUGUACUGUUCUUUGUGUAUUUCUUGACUGUUGUAGGAAAUGCCACUGUUCUUUUUUUAUUUGCAACCAACCGUAGCCUUCAUAAGCCGAUGUAUUAUAUCAUUCUAAAUCUGAGUGUAUGUGACAUUCUCUUUAGCACGACCACUUUACCGAAGAUCAUCAGUAAGUACUGGUUUCACUCAGGGGCCAUUUCAUUCACUGCUUGCUUCAUCCAAAUGUAUUUUGUUCACUGUCUUGGCACAGUAAAUUCUUUUAUUCUGUUCCUCAUGGCUUUAGACAGGUAUAUGGCUAUCUGCCAUCCUCUCAGAUAUCCAAAUGUUCUUACAAACUCCACUAUCCUCAUUCUCAGUAUUAGUGCAUGGACUAUUGCCAGUGCACUUUGUUCAAGGUUAGUAAUUGUGGCGUAUCCUCUUCCUUACUGUGCUUCCAACAUAAUCAAUCACUGUUACUGUGAUCAUAUUGGUAUAACAAUGCUGGCAUGCACUGACAGGGCCCCUUAUGGCUUCCCUGCUUUUCUAACUGCAAUGGUUACGCUACUUGGACCUCUUGCAUUUAUAAUAUUCUCAUAUAUUUGUAUAAUUGUUGCAGUAAGUAAGACAGCACAUUCACAAGGUUGCCUAAAAUCUCUGUCCACUUGCAGCACCCAGCUGAUAAUAAUCUCCCUCUAUUAUCUGCCGAGGUGUUUUGUUUAUUUAGCCAGCAAUGUCGGUAUUACAUUUAAUGCUGAUGUGAGAAUCGUAGUCAUCAUGCUGUAUAGCCUUGCACCUCCCAUGAUCAAUCCACUUAUUUACUGUCUAAGAGCUAAAGACAUGAGAGAAAGCUUUCUGAAGCAGUUCCGCAGAAUAACCAUCCCAAAGAAAGGACAGGUUUCAGCUCUUAAGAAGAGCUAA